AUUCAGGUUCGCCUUACUACAUUGCCGUCAUUUCUUUGAGAAAUAGCAAAGAGAAAUGUCAAAGACAAUAUUUUGGCAAUUUCGGUUUUGUAAAAUUAAUUGAUAGGCAAAUAAAUGAAGGCAGCUAUAAAUUAUUCAGAUAAUUUGUUUAUGAAAGUAUUCAUAGUGAAGAGAAUAGCGAAAAUGUAUAAACUACAUUUAACAAAUAAAAGAAGAUAAGCGCAUUCAAAAGUUGCCAGGAAUCGAAGCAAAUCUACUUAUUACUACUAUCUUACCUACCACAGUGCUUUGUGUUGCCGUCGAAGAACAAUAGUAACCAUUAAAGUGUAAAAUAUUUAUUUUUUAACUUAAACGGCGUUCGCUGUAUAUUGCUGGACGACUCAAGGGAAAUCAGCUAUUAAAACUUCGUUAUAUUCAGUUUAUAAAUUAAGAGCGAAAAUCAAAAUGGUUGAUCCAUUUCUGGCCAUGAACUAUAAUGUUCUGGAAGUUAUAUUCUCCUAUUUGGAUUUACGUGAUUUGAAAAAUUGCGCUUUGGUCUGCUGGAAUUGGUAUCAUUUUUUAAACGAUGAAAGUUCAGAGGUGUGGCGAAUGCAUUGUUUGCGCAAAUUACCACAAGAAGCACUAAAAUCUGAUUUGCUGGCUUCAGUAACAACCUAUAAAAAGAGAUUACGUGCGUACUAUCACGCGUGGAAUCCUAAUGACUGUUCGCGUAAUGUUUAUAUUAAACCAAAUGGCUUCACUUUGCAUCGCAAUCCCGUCGCUCAAAGCACAGAUGCUGCACGUGGAAAAAUCGGUUUUCGACAGGGGCGACAUUCAUGGGAGGUGAUAUGGGAAGGACCGCUUGGUACGGUGGCGGUUAUAGGUAUAUCUACAAAAGAGGCAGCACUACAGUGUCAUGGCUAUGUGGCAUUAUUAGGCUCAGACGAUCAGAGUUGGGGUUGGAAUUUAGUAGAAAAUAUGUUGCUGCACAAUGGCGAUGCGCAGGGCAGUUAUCCGCUGUUAAAUAAUCCACCCAAAUAUCAGGUGGGCGAACGGAUACGUGUCAUACUUGAUUGUGAUGAUAAUACAUUAUCAUUCGAAAAAAAUAGUGAAUUUUUAGGUGUAGCGUUCAAGGGUCUGCCUGAUAAGAAGCUUUAUCCAACAGUGUCUGCCGUAUAUGGCAACACGGAGGUCUCGAUGGUGUAUUUAGGACCGCCACUAGAUGGUUAAAUAGGCAUACAUGUGUGUGUGUUUUUUUUUACAAAUAGGGAUGUAUACUUGUGUAGAUUUUAUGCACUAAAACGAAGGCAAUGAUUUUAAGCAAAAUUUUGAUAUUUGUUCCAAUAUUAAGAAACGAUUUAAACGUUUGGGAGACAAUUUUUCUAUGCACACAAACCAAGCCAUUUUGAUUUAGUUAAAACUGAUAAACGAAUAUCAGUAUUUUCUGAUUACCUUAUUUAUUUUUUUAAGAAAAAUACUAAAAAGUUUACACAAAGCAGAAACAUGCAUACAUAAAACAGCUUACAUCCCUAACAAAAAAAUGUAAUUGUAAUUAUAUUUGGAAUAACACUAGAAUUUAUAUAGCACUUUACAAUAAUACGUAGUUAACUUUUAGGAUAUGCAGACAAAGAUAUGUAUACACACAUAAUAAUCAAGUGUUUGUAAGAUUUAAAAAUCAAAUAACGGCAACUCAUAUGCAAUAUCUGUACCGCAGUAAAUCUUAGUUUUUACACAUUAUACUUUUUUGUUUUAGCACAUAAGGCUUAUGUGUGAUUAGCGGUAGGUUCAAAGUAAGAGAUAACUGUAUUUCGAAGAGUAUUUUUAAAUUCAUUUUUGACAAUUGUUUCACAGCUUAAUUCUCAAAUCUUUAAACAAUGACACUGGAGAACACCAUUACACACUCUUUGCUAUCUUUAUACCAUUCACACUUCUUAAAAACAAAUUUUCUACAAUUCUUUACCUAGACAUUCUUGUUAUCAUUCUUUUUACUCAGUGUUAUCAUAUGUACUUUUUUUGUUAUAAAAAAAAAUAUUAGUUAAAUUGAUAAUACUCAUUGCUAGUCCAUACAAUCAAGUGUAAAUAUAUAACUUUAGUUUUAUUUCUUUUAAGUUAACUUUAAGCUUUAUCGUGUAACUUUCCAAAUUAUUGAUUUCAACCAUUUUUCUUAAAAACGUAAUUGUACUAAACGUAAACGUACUAAAUUAAACAAAUAUUGUACAUGUAAAUAUAAGAAGAGAAAUAAAAAAAA